AAAACCGGUUUACAAGAUUAGGGUUUGUAAUUUUUUAAGUGAAGGAGUCGCUACUCGCAAUCUCCCCAAUUCAUUCCCAAUUCCACAUCGCCAUUCCUGUAAUCUCUACGCUCUCGACAACAUGGGUGGAGGAGACCACGGACACCACCACGCCGAUGCGCCCGCCGACUUCCGGACCAAGGUCUGGACCAUGGCCGGCGGGCCUAAUUGCAGGCCCGUGCACUGGAAACGCAAUACCGCCAUCGCCAUGGCAGGAAUCGUUCUCAUUUGCAUUCCCAUCGCCAUGAAAUCCGCCCAGCUCGAGCAAAGGCCCCAUAAUCCGGUCAGGCCGAUUCCCUCUCAGCUCUGGUGCAAGAACUUCGGGACGAAAGAAUACUAAUUUUGUGCUAGUUUGUCAGUAAAGCUGUCCUGGAUAUCAGCUGUUCUGUGGAUAAACUGUGUAAUUGGAUUCUGAAAUUGUGUAUUUUACUAUUUCUUGGAAUUUUUCAAUUUGAACUUAGCAAGUCUUCAAGAUAACCAUUUUGGAUUGAAUAAGAAAUGUCUGCCUUGUGCUGCUCUCUGUAUAAUCUUGGGAGGUUGGCCUUAAAAUUUGUCCUUAAUAAAGAGAUACACAAUUUUCUUCUUCUAAAUUAUAAUUCAAA